AGGCUGUGCUCCUCUUGACUAACUGACUUAACCCCGCACGACUGCUAACAUGAGUCCUGCAUCCACACAUUUAUACGCAUCCUUCUGGAGACUAAGUCUGCACCAUGGAAGUUGUUGGUCUCGUAUCCAGUUGUAUCGCUAUAGGAGAGCUGGCAGUAAAGUCUCUAAGGCUCCUUCACUCACUACAGCAGAAAGUAAAUAACAGUGGCCUUCACUUGCAAACAGUGCGCACCCAGAUAAGCGCCGUGAAUGCAGCAGUCACACACAUUCAAUCCUGGCUGAAUACAUGCACAGGUAACCCAUGCAUGGUCGAAGGAUCGCUCGAGGACUUGCAGCUAUCCCUUGACGGAUGCAAGUCACUGUUAGAGAUUUUCUCAGAACAGGCAACUCAAGUGAUGAAAGAGCACAACACACAAGGAUGGAUUGAGAAGAUCAAGCUGGUUUGGACUGAAACCAACCUCACUCAGUAUCGGGACAUGCUCCGCGAUCAAGUCCAGGCUUUGAGCUUGCUAUUACAGGUUGUACAGCUCCCGACACAAUCCGAGCAGACGUCUGCUUUGGCCGUUCCAGAAACUCAGAAGAUCAUUGAGCGUGCUCGUGAUGAUUCUACGUCUAUUGUUUUGCUUCGUGAUACCGAUACAUGCCGUACUAUCGGCAACCAACAGGAUAACGAUGAUGGAGACAGGCUGAGUAUAUCUUUUGACUUUGACUCUGAAGUGUUUCAAUCUCGAGCCUAUAAGAUGGCACUUGCUUCAUAUAUUCGGCACAAGAUGCUAGAGGAUAGAGCAGCAGCAAAGGAUAGGGAAGCAGAUAAUGCUUCGGUGAUGUAUGAGGAUACCAUCCUGGAGCUUGUCUAUCACUAUAGGUACGAUGAUGUGAACAACACCUAUGAGGAUGUCCAAUCGUUGUCAAGCAUCGCCUAUAGUCUUGGGGUUGAACAGACGAAAUUGGAGUGGCUGCUUCUUGAAGCUAAACAAGACCGACAAAGGAAACUCCAUCAGAAUCUAACUCGACUGGGUCCAGCACAGCCCGGCAUGUUAAAGAGCUUACUGUCAACUGCCAGGACCACGACGGGCCUGGUUGAGUUGAAUCGUAUAUAUCGAUUUCCCUACGGCCUCUCCCCAAUUACUCUAGAUGAUCUCAACAGCUUUCGACGCGCCUGGAGGAUAUACGAUUCCUAUGCCACUAGCUAUAUAAGCGAACUCGAUUUUCCACUGCUUCUGCGUGUAAGUGUUCCGUAUAUCCAGGCCGACCGGGACGCGGAUUUGCUGAUUGCGCAGGCACUGGAGGAUCCCUUCUCCGUUCGCCUCUACGAUCCCGAAUUUUCGAUACAUGGAUUGUUGUCGGGGAUUGAUACAACGCUGGCUCCUCCUGGUUCUGGCCCCUUUCUACAGAUCUUGGGGGGGACAAACUAGAGAAAUUACCGGUGAUCGAGGUCAAAAGGAGGAGAGUCGCGCUUGAUCUUCUUUUCAACGAAGUAUCGGUUAUGACGGACCCCCUCAGGGGAACUACCUUUCUGACGGCUCUGGCAAGCAUAUUGAACUACAAGAGAUCUACUGAUGCGGAUUGGAGAUCAUCAAGCGGCCAGGACAUCGUGCUUGCGGUUAAGCAAAGCUC